UUUUAAACUUUUUUUAUUUACAAGCAGGAAACACAAGAAUUUACACCUAAUAAUUCAUAUCAGUGAAGUUGUGAGAUUCCAGCAAAAUGUGCACCUCACACUUUGAAGCCUCCAGUUUUGCCAAAUCCUGUAUUCAGUGCUGAAGGUGAUGCAAUGCAUUACUGUAAUCCAUAUAUGCCGCCAGAAAGAAGAUGUCCCGGGCUUGUAUUUGAAUCAGUUAACGGUAAUUGAAUUCACUGCAUAUUUGUAAAUGAUUAACUUCUAAUCCUUAAUUGUUAGCGGAUUCCUCCAAAAAAAAAAUUCUGCUUCUGAUGUUAAAUGUGGAGUGAAUCCCUUCUGUUAUCUACACUUGAAAAAUGCAAAUCUUUGUCCCAUCUCAACCAAAUCCACGCUCUCCUAACAAUCUCAGGCCUCGCAAAUGUCUUCCAUUACAAUGCUAUCAUAAGGGCUUUCUCCAGUACUAAAAACCCAUAUAAAUCAGUUUCCACUUUUAUCUCAAUGUUGCGAAAUGAUGUCGUCCCCAAUCAUCUAACCUACCCUUUUCUUGCUAAGGCCUCGGCACGGAUUCUGAACCUGAAACUUGCUGGUUCUGUUCAUGGACUUGUUUUUAGAACUGGGUAUGCGUCUGAUAUGUUUGUUUCGAAUUCUUUGGUCCAUAUGUAUGGCUCGUGUCGUGAUAUCGUUAGCGCGCGGAAAGUGUUCGACGAAAUGCCUAUGAAGAAUUCAGUUUCGUGGAACUCCGUGUUGGAUGCUUAUGCAAAGUGUGGGGAUGUGAAUUUGAUGAGAAAAGUGUUUGACCUAAUGCCUCGGAGGGAUGUCAUAUCGUGGAGCUCAUUGAUUGAUGGCUAUGUUAAGGACGGAAAUUACGUGGAGGCCUUGGCUGUUUUCGCGAAAAUGGGGGUGGAUGGAGUCAAGGCAAAUGACGUUACUAUGGUUAGUGUUUUGUGUGCUUGUUCUCACUUGGGAACGCUUGAGCAAGGGAGGAUGAUGCACAACUAUAUUAUUGAAAAUGGAUUGCAUUUGACCCUUACGUUGAGGACGUCGCUUGUGGACAUGUAUGCUAAAUGUGGUGCCAUUGAUGAGGCAUUGGCUGUAUUUCGUGCCGUUUCAGUUAGAAAAACAGAUGUUUUGAUAUGGAAUGCUAUGAUUGGUGGGCUCGCUACACAUGGGUUUACACAGGAGGCGCUGGAGAUGAACGUAGAAAUGCAGGAUUUGGGGAUCAGACCGGAUGAGAUAACUUACUUGUGUCUACUUAGUGCUUGUGCACAUAGAGGUCUAGUGAAAGAGGCAUGGAAAUAUUUCAAGUCUAUUUCUCAGAAUAGCAUGGAGCCAAAAACCGAACACUAUGCUUGCAUCGUAGAUGUUCUGGCGCGGGCAGGUCAAUUGAAAGAAGCACACGAGUUUAUACAAGAUAUGAUGCUGAAACCAACUGCUUCCAUGUUAGGAGCAUUGCUUAGUGGUUGUAUAAAUCAUAGAAAGUUGGAUAUUGCAGAGGCAGUGGGGAAAAUGCUAAUCGAAUUGGAGCCUGAUCAUGAUGGUAGAUAUAUUGGUCUUUCAAAUGUUUAUGCCGUUAAAAAUUGCUGGGACGAAUCAAGAACUAUGAGAGAGGCCAUGGAAACACGGGGAGUGAGGAAGGUUGCUGGAUAUAGCUAUGUGGAAAUUCUUGGAACGCUUCACAGAUUCAUAGCUCACGAUCAGGCACAUCCUCAAUCAGAACAAAUCGACUUGAUGUUAGAUUUAAUCGUAAAACAGAUGAAAAUGAAAUCAGAUUGUGAAAGUCGACGACAGGUUGGAGUCAAAAUCGACCCAAACCAAAUCGCGCUCAGGCCUAAACUUUUCCGUAUGGUUUUGACUUUCGAGCACUUGCUUAAAGCAGAAAGGUACGCGUAGAAGCGGACAUUUCAGUCUUAAAUACAUAAACUGUUGAUAGCUAUGGACAUAAAGCAAUCCCAUCUUUUAUUCCCAGAAAUACCUAGAUUAGUAACCGCAAAACUAAGCUGAUCUUUCAU